AUGAUGUUUCCCUGCAGCGCUCUGCCGCCUCCUCUCUACCCGGGCUUACUGCGUCCUCCUGCGGCUCUCUCCUCGCCCCUGACCCGGUCGCUCCGCUCAGGCUUCCUGGUUGAAGACCUCCUCAGAUUAAGCCAGCCUGUCAAUUACAUACAGCGGACUUUCUCUUCCAGAAAUCCCGGAGACAUUCUCCCGCUCAGCCCGCGGCCGGGCGCUUCUCUCCGGACGUUGGGACCCAGCACUGAGCGGUCUGUGCCUCAGACCUCCGGCCAACAGACCCAAAGCAGCUCCGGGUCUCCGCAAACUGUCUGUCCGGACUCCGGCUACCUCAAGUUCGGCGUCAACGCGAUACUGGCGCCGUCCACACGGAGCGUCCAGAGCUUUCAGACUAAGUCCUUCCCUCUGCCUUUCUUUGAUGAAGGCCUCCAUCCUUUCAUCAGAGCUACCUAUUUCACAGCGUCCUCCUCUGUGAUUCCUGUCCCAGGAACGUUUUCAUGGCCCCUAGCGCCCAGAGGGAAGCCCAGAAGAGGCAUGCUGCGGCGGGCUGUGUUCUCAGACCUCCAGAGGAAGGCCCUGGAAAGAACCUUCCAGAAGCAGAAAUACAUCAGUAAACCAGACAGGAAGAAACUUGCCAGUAAACUGGGCCUAAAAGACUCUCAGGUGAAGAUCUGGUUUCAGAACCGCAGGAUGAAAUGGAGAAACUCCAAGGAGAGGGAGCUGCUGUCGACGGGCGGCUGUCGCCAGCAGACCCUCCCCACCAAAACCAACCCGCACCCGGACCUUACUGAUGUCGGCAGCACCUACUGCCACAGGCCUGACAGGACUGCACCCACCGGUCAAGUACAGCUGGACAGUCAGGAGUCGCAGCUUCACCACCACCACCACCACCACCACCAUCAUCAUCACAACCCAUCGUCUCCGUCAGAGUCCAGCAAACAAUCAGAGCUCUCAGAGUCGGACAGUGAAGAAAUCACAGUUUCAUAAGACACUGUCAGAUUCAGGUCUGUGAAGCAAACAGGUUGACAGAUAAAAAAUAAAAAGUAAUUAAAGAAUCUGGUGAAUGGAAGUAAACACCAGAAGUGCUUCAUUCUGCUCCAUACAUAGCUGUAUUUUCUCAGCCUUUCCU